AUGGCGACAUGCUACGUCCCAGUUCUAAUCGUUGGAGGAGGUAUAGUCGGUCUCUCUGCUUCCCUUUUCCUCUCCAGCCAUGGAAUGGAAUCUGUAUUGGUGGAGCGCCAUGCGGGCACCUCCAUUCACCCACGAGCUCGCGGUGUGAACCGCCGCACGAUGGAGCUUUACCGCGAAAUCGGAAUCGAUGAGGCCGUCCGUGCAGCCGGUGCGUCUCUUUCUCCUAGCACCGGCAUGUAUCAAGGACAUUCCCUCGCCGAGGUCAUCGAGGGUCAUGCCCGCAACGAAACUUCACACCCGCGAAAACUGCCGGGGGCGGCAUUUAUCGAUGUUGGCCCAGUAGAUGGAACACGUGUAACCCAAGACAUGAUUGAACCGGUCCUCCUUGCAGCGGCUCGGGAUGAAGGAGGCGAUCUACGAUUCAAUGUCGAAUGCAUAGCUUUUGAGCAAGACGACGAUGGGGUGUCUGCAACACUACGCGAUCGCUCAAGCAACGUUGAAUCUAUCGUUCAUGCAGCGUACAUGAUCGCAGCUGAUGGGGCUAGCAGCCCAAUUCGGCAAACGCUUGGUGUUCAAACCACGGGUGCCGGUUCACUGGGAUAUCUCUUGAAUAUCCUAUUUGAAGCCGAUAUGAGCGAGCUGGUACGAGGCCGCGAGUUCAGCUUGUGUUUAGUCAAUCGACCAGAAGUAAGGGGCUUGUUCGCGUCCAUCAACAACCAUGACCGAUGGGUGUUCCACCUUUCCUAUGAUCCCAAGAAAAAUGAAGAAAUUAAAGAUUUCCCACCCGAGCGCUGUCGGGAAUUAAUCAAGAUUGCCAUUGGUUUGCCCAAUCUUGAGAUUGAGAUCAAGAGCAUUCUCCCUUGGGAACCAACUGUGCGGGUCGCCGAAAAAUUCCAACACGGGCGUGUAUUUCUUGCUGGUGAUGCAGCCCACCAGAUGCCACCCUGGGGCGGCCAGGGUGCAAAUACUGGCAUCGCAGAUGCUCAUAAUCUGGCAUGGAAGCUGGCGGCGGUUCUACGUGGACAAGCAACACCCUCACUACUGGCGACUUACGACGCCGAGCGACUUCCAAUCGGGCGCCUUGUUGCGGAGGAAUCAGGCGAGGCAUCCGAUGAGCAUGGCCUGCUCUCGCUGAGAAAGGAUCCCUCGGCAAUCUUGGCUUUGAUGUACAGGAUACCGAGACUCAUUGGAUAUGGCUAUAUCUAUACUUCUCAAGCAACCAUGACAGAGGAUACGACGCCUUGGUUCUGGAGAACAAUGCGGCUGAUUCCAACUCCAAACCAGAUCCUCGGGCUCUGUGGAAAAGCCGGGACUCGCGUCCCGCAUAUCUGGGUCCAGCUCGAAGACCGUCGGAUCUCCACGCUUGAUGUGCUAGGCAAAGGCUUCGUGAUAAUUGCUGGAGCGGAUGGCAACGAGUGGUGCGAAGCUGCCCCGAAGGUGGCCUCUUCCCUGGUUGUCAGCAUAGCGGCGUAUCGUGCUGGCCCCGCUUGUGAGCUCAUAACACCCAAGGGCUACUGGGAGUCUUCGGCCAGCAUCUCGACGACAGGGGCGAUACUGGUUCGUCCGGAUGGAUUUGUUGCAUGGCGUGCGUGGAGCGCCAGUUCUGAUAUUCCUCAAAGGCUUGAACAGGUGUUGAAACAAGUUCUUUGCCGAUAA